AUGGCCUUCUCGGACGAGACCAAGGACCGCGUCAACGCCGCUAUUGGGACACCUCCGUCAUACCCCGCCCGGUCGCUGUCCUACUCCAACCUCAACAUCUCACACCGUCACCCCCUCGCAUGCCGCUACGAUCAUCUCCUGGCCUCAGUCGCUGCCUUGAGCACGAGCAGGACCAACGAACUUAGCAUGCGAGGGAAUGUGGCGGUGUGGCACCCGCCCCCCACCCGACCCCACCACCCCUCCUCGACCUCCUCGACCAUCCCCCAACCUCUCCCCCUCCUCCUCACGCGCCUGACCAUCGCUAACGUGCAGACUGUCAUCACCGUGGGGUGGAUUCCGUUCAUCAUCUUCGUCGGUUACCGCAACUCCAGCCCUCAGCCGUCGCUUAUCAAGCUCAUCACCCCUCUUGCUUAA